AAAUAUUUUGUGAGAAGGUUCCAAGCUCACUUUGAGUCUGCACUUUGUUCUCGACGUUUGUUUUGGAUAAUAAACUUCUCUAACAAAUGGCUCCACAUACGGGUUCAGCUACUCCAGAGCAAAUUGACGUACUUCUCAAUUUCUUGGACGAGCAUAGGGAUCUUGCUCGUGGAAGAUUGAGGGGUGCCGAUGGCAAUGUCCAAACUAAGAGACUGUGGCAAGAAUUGUGCAAUUCACUCAAUUCUAUGGGUGGUUGUACAAAAACAAUCCAGCAGUGGCAAAAAGUUUGGUUCGAUAGAAAACAUCUUGCCAAAAAAGCUGCUGCUGAUUCUCGAAGAUCAACUUCAGCAACUGGAGGUGGACCAUCGCUCACACCACCACUCUCCCAAUGGCAGGUGAAGGUCCUGUCAAUAAUGGGAGAUGGGUUUGGUGGACGUCAAACUACAGCCAGAGUACCGGCCUUCAGUGAGGCUAAUGUACCAUCCACCUCCAGUCAUGUCCCACCACAGUCUCAAUUAAGUUUGGAUUUGCCAGAAGUAAUGGAGUAUGUUGUACCCAGUCAGGAGGAUAUUCAGUCCACACAGCUGAUGUCUCAAUCUCAGACUCCCAGAAGUUCCUCACAACCUGCACGAUCUAGAAGGAGACAAUCGGCUACUGGCUCAGAUGUCAGGAGGAGAUUGUUUCAAUUGGAAGAGGAGCGUGCAGGCAGAGAGACAGCUUUGAACACUGAGCUUGCAGGCAUCAGGGUUGCCCUGGAAGAGCUGUGUGGACUGAUGAGAAAAUUUUUAGAAAAAUAAAAGUGUAUUAUAAUUUGGCAAAUGAGUUUUAUUCACUAUUAUAUUUUAUACAC